UGCCUGUUUGCACAAGCGCCAGUGGCCAUGGGGGAGGUCAGGGGCCCCGGGGACGUGCGAGCCUGGCGAGGUGGUGUUUGGGGAGGGGUCCCUGCCCCGCUCCCUGCUGAGAGCUUGAUUAGAUCCUGCUCAAUUUACAGCCCUUUGGCGUCCUGGUGUUCCCUUCAGGCCGCAGGACCCGGUUUCCCUUUGAACGAAAGAGGGUUUUUUGAAAUGCAAAAUGUGUGAGGGUUUGCAGCCCUUCAGAAAGGGGGGGAAGCCCCUGGCCCCUGUGGGCUGUGGGGAGCCGGGGUCCGUGCCCAGCUCAGGGAGCCCCGGUGCCACAGCACAGCGGGAGGAUCCGGCCCUGUGCGGCCCUGGGCGCUGCCUUGGGGCAGGACAUGGAGCCCAUGGGCCUCUGCCCUUUCCCACGCCGCUCUGUGCUCCGCUGCGGUCCGGGGAGCACCGGGAGCCAGAGCUCAGCUCGUUUCCCAGCUCUGCCACCGUUCUGUUUCCCAGGAUGAGUCAGAGUCCCUGUGGGCAGAGCCCUCUCCCUGCGGGGUCACCGCUCUGCCUCUCCCUGCUCUCCCACCCUCCGGGGUGCUCGGGGCAGGCGCAUCCCCGCCCGUGGGACACCCAGAGCGGCCUGGCCACGCUCCUGCCAGCCCUGGGCUCCCCGCAGGUGCACGGCCGGUGGCAGGGGCUGGGAGGGACUCGGCUCGCCUGUUCCUGAGCACAGCGGGAGAAAUGAGCUAAACCGGCCGAAAAGCACCCUGGGCUCUGCAGCGUGAAUCAGGGCCAUGUGUGGAAACAAGGGAGUCCUUGAGCCCAUGCCUCAGGCCAUCGCGGCAGACUGAGGGGCCGAGCUCACCCCGAGGUGGCUGCAUGUCACCACAAACAAGGGACCCUGUGUGGGCUCCGAGCCGCCGUGGGGGCACAGGGACACUGCUGGGUGUUCUUGCCACCAUCCCUGCUCAGUCAGGCACUGCUGGGUGUUCUUGCCACCAUCCCUGCUCAAUGAGGCACUGCUGGGUGUUCUUGCCACAAUCCCUGUGCACAGAGGCACUGCUGGGUGUUCUUGCCACCAUCCCUGCUCAGUCAGGCACUGCUGGGUGUUCUUGCCACCAUCCCUGUGCACAGAGGCACUGCUGGGUGUUCUUGCCACCAUCCCUGCUCUCUCAGGUCUUGUUGGAGGCUGGGAAGCAGCCAUGGAAAUGAGACUGAAGUACCUGGGCCACAAAGCACUGCAGGGAUGAGCAGGUCCCUGGGCUUUGUCCCUGCCAGCCCGGCUGCAGAGCGGUGGGACAGGGUGCUCUGGCCUAGGCAGAGCCUCUCUCCUUUGGGCACAGCCAGGGGCACUGCGAGAUCUGUGGGCGAGCACAGUGAGGGGUUGGCUGUGUUGCUCCACUGGGGUUGGCCCUGCAGCACACCCAGGUGGGCACCGGGCUCACGGCGUGUCCCGCAGGCUCUGGGGGACAUGGACCAGGUCCGGAUGACGUCCGAGGGCUCCGACUGCCGCUGCAAGUGCAUCCUGCGGCCGCUGAGCAGGGACGCCUGCAGCCGCGUCCGGAGCGGCAGCGCGCGCGUGGAGGAUUUCUACACCGUGGAGACGGUGAGCUCGGGGGCUGACUGCCGGUGCUCCUGCACCGCGCCGCCCUCCUCGCUCAACCCCUGCGAGAACGAGUGGAAGAUGGAGAAGCUCAAGAAGCAGGCCCCCGAGCUCUUCAAGCUGCAGGCCAUGGUGGACCUGCUGGAGGGAACGCUGUACAGCAUGGACCUGAUGAAGGUGCACUCCUACAUCAGCAAGGUGGUGGCGCAGAUGAACACGCUGGAGGAGACCAUCAAGACCAACCUGAGCAGGGAGAAUGACUUCAUGAAGGAGAGUGUCCAGCACCUCACUGACCAGAUGAAACGCUAUGAGAACUACUCUGACAUCAUGAUCAGCAUCAAGAAGGAGAUCUCCAACCUGGGCUACCAGCUGCUGCAGAAGGACGCGGCUGCCAUCCCCGAGAGCAAGGCACAGGACACGACAGGGGGCCGGGAGAAGGAGGCAGGACGGUACCCCAGCCCCCGCAAGGCCCUGGGGGACAGGGCAGCGCCCCGAGCGCCCAAGGAGAAGCCGCUGAAGCCCGAAAAGCCCAAAAAGGAGAACACCAAGGCCAAGGCGGGGUCACAGCCCACGGCCAAGCCCAAGCCCGUGGCACAGCAGCAGACCGUGGUCCGGGGCAUCACCUACUACAAGGUCGGGCAGGGAGCGGCGGAGGGUCCGGCCGGGAGCCGCGAGAGCCCUGUGAGAGGGGCGGCCGUGCCAGAGCCGCAGGAGGACAGGGGCCCCCCGCCUGCCCCAGCCGAGGGCACCCCGGCCCAGGCUGUUGCACAGGUGGAGAGCACCGUGCCCGGCAGCACGGCCGUGCCCAGCACCGCCCCGGUGCCCCGCAGCACCGCCCGCAGCGCCCCCGGGCAGGGCACCGACAGCACCGGGGACCCCGAGACACCCAACAGAGUGAAGGAGGCGGAGUGCGAAGGCACCAUCGAGGCCGUGCAGCCCCCCAGGGAGCACCACAGCUACGGGCGCAACGAGGGGGCCUGGAUGAAGGACCCGGCAGCCAAGGAUGACCGCAUCUACGUCACCAACUACUACUAUGGCAACAGCCUGGUGGAGUUCAGGAGCCUCGACAGCUUCAAGCAGGGCCGCUGGAGCAACCUCUACAAGCUGCCCUACAACUGGAUUGGCACGGGGCACGUGGUGUACAGGGGGGCCUUCUACUACAACCGUGCCUUCACCAAGAACAUCAUCAAGUACGACCUGAAGGAGCGCUACGUGGCGGGCUGGGCGCAGCUCCACGACGUGGUGUACGAGGACACCACGCCCUGGAAGUGGAGGGGCCACUCGGACAUCGACUUUGCCGUGGAUGAGAGCGGGCUCUGGGUCAUCUACCCCUCGGUGGACUAUGACUACUCCCAGCAGGAGGUGAUCGUCCUCAGCCGGCUGGACCCCGUGGACCUCUCGGUGCGCAAGGAAACCACCUGGAAGACGGGGCUGAAGCGCAACACCUACGGGAACUGCUUCAUCAUCUGUGGCAUCCUCUAUGCUGUGGACACCUACAGCCAGAAGGAAGGGCAGAUCUCCUAUGCCUUCGACACGCACACAAACACGGAGGCAGAGCUCCGGCUGCCCUUCCUCAACCACUACUCCUUCACCACGCAGGUCGACUACAACCCCAAGGAGAAGGUGCUCUAUGCCUGGGACAACGGCCAUCAGAUGACCUACGGGCUCAGCUUCGUGGUCUGAGUGCCCGGGCGGGUCCCUCUGCACUCCUGCACCCACCCUGGCUGGGGCACCCUGACGCAGCCUGGCCCUGGCACUCCCACUCCAGCCAGGGCUGUGGCAAGAGCUCAGCUUCCCCCUCAGAACCUUCCCCAUCUGCUCUGGCCACCACCUGCCCCAUGCCCACCGUGCUGCAGGGCGUGGGGAGCCCGUCAGAGCAGCCCCCAGCAGACACCCACCCCUGUGACAACGUGGCCCCGGGGCCGUGGCAGCUCGGCCAGCGUCGCCUUCCCGGGCUCACAGAGGAGCCCAGCCCCGCAUGGCUCUGCCGCCGCUGGCACCGCCCGCCCGCCCUGCAGCAGCGCCCCGAGCGCCCCCUGCGCUGCCCCCAGCCCGGGCACCGCGUGUGCCAUCCAGCGCUGCCAGCCGUGCCAGGGCCAGGGCCAGCCCCGCGGGCCCCCCACUGCCCGGCGCCCGGAACAGGUGCCAGUCGCUAUUUUAGGAAGUGUGGUUAAGAUGCCUUUGCUUUUGCUGAUCAUGAGUUUGUUAUUUAAAUGCAUUCACUGGAGCUGUGCAAGUCCCCUUCGGCAGCAGGCGUGGAGGAGCCUGCCUGGGGUGUCCUGCCUGCACAGAAACCCACACACCUGCCCUCUCACCUGCCCUCUCACCUGCCAUUACACCUGCCCUCACUCCUGCCCUCACUCCUGCCCUCUUACCUGCCCACACCCCUGCCCGCACCCAGCACUGGCCAGGGCACCCUCGGGGCUCUCACUCCGUGUGAGGCAGAGCGAGGGGCUGUGAGCGCUUGGCUUGGUUUUGGUCAUUUUAGACAUGAGCAGUACUAAAACAUAACAGAUGUGAGAGCGGGCUGCGUGUGUUGUCGUUUGUCCUGGAGCUGGGCAGGGUGGGUGCUCACCGUCCCCAUCCCUCCCUGUCUCUGUCCCUGUCCCUGCCCCUUCUCCUGCCCCUUCUCCUGCCCCUGCCCUGCCCCGAGCCCCCACGCUGGCCAGGCGCUGUCCCCUCUCUCGGCCGUGGGUUCUCGCCACCAAAAAGGAGCCGGCCGACUUUUCCCCUCGACUGGUCCCUGCCAGGCUUUUAUCUAGCGAUCCCCAGCAAAUCCCUGUACAAACAAUACGGAUUUCUGACAUUUUUUUGUGGUAAAGUAAACUCCCAGCACAUCUCUAA